AUGGAGCACACGAGCCGCCCGCUGACCAAGCGCCCGCGGGCGUCGCUGGCCUGCAAUGCCUGUCGUCAGACCAAGUCCAAGUGCGAUGGCAACAGGCCGACGUGCGAGCGCUGCGCCAAGUGCAACGCCGAGUGCGUGUAUACGCAGAGCGGCCGCGACAAGCGCAUGGACCGGCAGGAGGAACGAAAAGCCAAUAUGGCCCUGAGAAGCCGCGUCAAGGAGCUCGAAGCCCAGCUCGCCGCCGCCGGCCUUGGUCCGCAGAGCGCGGAUGCGCCCAGCUCGGCCUACUCCCAUAUGCAGCCGCUCGACCGCGACAAGUCGCCUGGCCAGACGAGUCACGGCGGCUUCUCCGACGUCGGCAGCAAGGCCACGGCCCAGACGCCAGAGUCCACGGCCGAUGCCAUCGCCACCGGGCUCUUUGACCACCCGCCCGUUGUCGACAUUGGCUAUUUCGGCUCGAGCUCCAAUCACGCCUUCUUCUGGUCUCUCUCAGCCAGCAUCGAAAAUGUGAGCCAUCGCAGCACCGUACGGUACCAGGAACCUUCCAGGCAGGGCCAAGCCACCGAGGCAGAUGAGGCAUCGCGCGCUCCUCCACUGCCCAUGAUGCCGCCGUCGGCCUACCGCAACUUGCAACCUGACGAUGACUCCUUCCCCGGGCGCGCUUUGGCUGUCGAGUGGACGACGCGCUUCUUCGACACGGUGGGCGCCGUCUUGCCAUACGUUAGCGAGUCGCAGGUGCUCAGAGAGAUCGACGUCAUUGACGCACGCGAUCAGGGCUGGCAGAUGUCGCAGAGGUCGGCGCAGGCUCUGCUGAGCAUAAUCUUUGCUCAGGCGCUGCAAACGCUCGAUGAUCGAUCUCCGGAGCCGUACUACCGCAGGGCGCUUGGUUUGCUCGACGAAAAGACCUUGUACAUCCCCACGGUUGACUCACUACAAGCCUUGCUCCUGCUUGCGAGCUUUCAGCAAAACACGCAGAGGUCGAUGGAAAGCUGGGUGCCGCAUUACCUGGCCGUGCGAGUGGCCUACCAGCUCGGCAUUCACGCCCCUGCGUCGUAUGAAUACUUGGCUGUUCAGGACAAGGAAAUCCGGGCACGCCUGUGGUUCGCUGUUGUCAACCAGGACAGGAUCAUGACCGCUGGCCUCGCUCGUCCAGCCCUCAUCCCACUGCAGAACGUCCGGAUGGACCUGUUGGAGUUACUUGAUCCGGCGCGUCCGAGCCGGACGACGGACGGGUCGUGCUCGCGGGAGAGCCUGAUUUACUUUCGACAUCUCACGGCGCUGCACGAAAUCCUAGGAGUCACGGUCGACUCCUUGUACAGCUCCAACAUCAGCUCCUCCCACCGAUUGGCGCUUGGCGACCUGGUCGCUAGGACCAUCGACCUCUCGUGGAAGCUAGAGCAGUGGCGCGAGGGCAUCGCGCCGCCCGGCAUCAUCACAUCCAACGCAGAUUUUAGCGUCUUUUCAGCGGCAGCGAUGGACCAGGAACGCUAUACCAUACUGCUGUCCAUAUUUCAUUAUCGCGCGAUGAUGCUCAUUCACGGGUCGCUGCUCAUGAGAGUACUGGAGCGGAUUACAAGCACUGGUGAGACUGCGUCUUCUGGGGUCUUGCAGGACGCUGCCUUGUCUCUCCUCAAGAACUAUCUGUGGGCGCUGCGAGAAUGGCUCCAGCUCGUCACUAGUCUAUUGCAACACAGGCGGGUGUUUCUCAACUGCAACGCCGUGUGGUGGACCUGCAACUACAUGAUGCUAUCGACCAGCAUCCAUUCCUUUGCAUUUUGGCUGCUCGCAGCCAACCUCAGAUUCAGCAUAGGAACGAUAGGCAUCGCGACCCCGGACGCCGAAGCCAUGCUCAGAACCAGCCUCGAUACGCUGCGAGCUCUGGGGGGCACCAGCAUCAUGAGUCGCAAGGCGCACCGCUGCCUCCACCGGUAUCUUAACUUUCUCAAGAACAUAGCAUUCGGUGUCGACGACCAAAUCCAUGAUCCGGCGCCCACGGCCGCGACCGUACCGGAGGGUAUCGAAUGGUCUCAGCCGACACCGGGCGGUGCCAAUGGACUUCCGCAAGAGUUCCGCCCAGAGGUGAUUUCCAGUUGCAUCGACGAGAUGUUUGGGGCCGUCGGCCAAGAUGACUUUAUGGGCACGGGAUUUCUCACCAUGGGCCAGCACGAAGGCAUUAGCGACUUUGAUGCGGCUGGCUUCAUCUGA